AUGGCGAGUUGCUCCUUUGCUGGCAACCAAGCGCUUAGGAGACUGAGAGCUGAAGCAGCCAAAGCCUCCGCAGCUCUAGCAGCAGUGGCGACCACCCCGCUUCUUUCCUCGGAAACCCCGACCGCACUCAUUGGGACCAGGUCAUCCUGUCCGGGAGCCAUGUGGCUCUCCACAGCCACUGGCUCCCGGUCAGACUCUGAGUCCGAAGAGGAGGACCUCCCCGUCGGGGAUGAAGUCUGCAAACGCGGCUACCUGAGGAAGCAAAAGCAUGGACAUAAGCGUUACUUCGUACUUAAACUCGAGACAGCAGAUGCUCCAGCUCGACUCGAAUACUACACAAACGCCAGGAAGUUCCGGCACAGUGUCCGCGCCGCGGCGGCUGCUGCAGCGGCGGCCGCCUCUGGGGCUGCGGUGCCCACGCUCAUCCCACCACGGCGCGUGAUCAUCCUGUACCAGUGCUUCUCCGUGAGCCAGCGCGCUGAUGCCAGGUACCGACACCUUAUUGCCCUUUUCACCCAGGACGAGUACUUCGCGAUGGUGGCCGACAACGAGUAUGAACAAGAAAGCUGGUACUUGCUACUCAGCAGCCUCAUCCUCGAGAGCAGGCGCCGCCACUGCUUCACACUAGGGGCACAGCCGGACGGAGAACCAGCAGCCUGGGAGGCAUCAGUGGCGACGGAGCCACCCUUCUAUAAAGAUGUGUGGCAGGUAGUAGUGAAACCUAGGGGGCUGGGGCACAGAAAAGAGCUGAGCGGUGUGUUCCGGCUGUGUCUUACCAACGAAAAGGUUAUGUUUGUGAGGCUUAAUACUGACGUGGCCAGUGUGGUAGUUCAGCUCCUGAGCAUUCGUCGCUGUGGGCACUCGGAGCAAUACUUCUUCUUGGAAGUCGGCAGGUCUACUGUCAUCGGUCCAGGGGAGCUGUGGAUGCAAGUGGAUGACUGUGUGGUGGCCCAAAAUAUGCAUGAGUUGUUUUUGGAGAAGAUGAGAGCCUUGUGCGCAGAGGAAUACCGAGCCCGAUGCCUCAACUACGGCAUUAGUGUUGGCGCCCACCUGUUAACCCUGCUGUCCACUAGGAGGCACCUGGGCUUGCUUCCACUGGAGCCUGGAGGCUGGCUCCGAAGAUCCCGCUUUCAGCAGUUUUGCCACCUCGGGGGUAUUGGUGACAGGGAAGAGGAGAUGCUCUUCCCCAGGCGCUUCAUCACACGCAGCGCGCCUCUGCCUCCCUCCAGGAGAGGAAGUGAGCACCUGCCAAGAGCUCGCGGGUCCCAGAGAGCCGUCUCAGUACUACCCAGAUUAUUCCAUCGCUUAACACCCAGCCCACAGCCUGUACCACAGCCUGAAGAAGCCCCCAACGACAGAGCCUUGGGCUCCAGGUCUGGCAAUUCUGAAGAAAAGGACAAGGAGAGCAAGGAAGGAAACGGAGGUGAUUCCAUGCCCUUCAUGAACAGCUGGGGCUCAGGACGUGGCCAAGGCUCAGGAGGUGGACAGGGCUCAACCGGCCAAGGCUCCAGUAGUCAAAGCUCAGGAGGAAACCAGUGCUCAGGUGGGAGGCAGGGAUCUGGAGGUGGCCAGGGCUCGGGAGGCCAGGGUGCAGGAGGAAACCAGUAUUCAGGAACUGGCCAGGGCACAGCGGGUGGCCACGGCUCAGGCGGAGGCCAGAGGCCUGGAGGUGGCCAUGGCUCAGGGAGCGGCCAGGGAUCCGGAGAUGGUCGUGGCUCAGGUGGUAGCAAAAACUCAGGAGGGAGCAAGGGCUCAGGACGUGGGAAAAACUCUGAUGAUGGUGACCGUGGCAAAUCUCUGAAGAAAAGAUCCUACUUUGGCAAGUUCACUCAAAGCAAGCACCAGCAAAUGCUGCCUCCUCCACCCCCAACCCCUCCUCCACCCCCACCGGCUGGAGCAACUGGUGGAAAAGGGAAGUCUGGGCGGAGAUUCCGACUUUAUUUUUGUGCAGACAGAAGAGCCACAAAAGAAUGCAAAGAAUCCAAAGAAGUGAGAGAGAUGGAGACCCCCCCGGAAGGUGCAGCCAGGGUGCCUCACAGAGGCAGAGCUUUUGAUGACGAUGAGGAUGACCCAUAUGUACCAAUGAGGCCAGGGGUUGCUGCUCCUCUUGCCUGUUCCAGUGAUUAUAUGCCAAUGGCUCCUCAGAAUUUCUCUGCUUUCGAGAAGCGCCACUCUAGGUCACCCUUUGAAGACUCCAGAGGGUACAUGAUGAUGUUUCCCAGAGUGAGCCCACCACCACCUGCCCCAAGUGCUCUGAAAGCACCAGACGCUAAUAAAGAGGAUGACUCAAAGGACAAUGACAGUGACAGUGACUACAUGUUUAUGGCUCCUGGAGCAGGUGCAAUUCCUAAAAGUCCCCCCAAUCCUCAGGGAGGCUCUUCCUCCAAAAGUUGGAGCUCUUACUUUUCUCUGCCAAACCCCUUUCAGAGCUCACCCUUGGGACAGUGUGACCAUAGUGAGUAUGUUCCGAUGUUACCUGGAAAAUACCUGGGGAGGGGUCUAGACAAAGGAACCUCCUUUAGCCAGGACACCAAAAAUGUAGCAUCAAAGCCUUUAAUUGAGGGGUCAUUCUCAAAACCUGGAGAUAGGGGGUCACCUGCAAAGCCUUCAGAUGAUGUUCUCCCAGUGAACAAGGCUAAGAGACUUAACCAACUCUCUUUAAUUGCAAAAGGAAAUAAAAUAAAGCCCAAACCAAUAAAGCCCACACAGGAGCAGAGAGGAGAUGACAGCUCUCCCGACUAUAUCAACAUUGACUUAUUUAAGAGAGAGAGACCUAUGCCGGCUCCCUCUACUUACAGACUGCCAGAUUCCUGGGGCUUAAUUACUGACCCCAGAAGCACAGCUUUUUCCAGUUACCUGAAUGCUGAAUUCGGGGUGCCCUUUCCAAAUCCAGCAAUCCGCCUCUUAGAUCUUUUAAGAGUUCUACCAGGUGCCAAUUCCAUUUCUCUGGCUGGUGCUAGGUGGCCCUUUCGUCCUUCUCCAAGCAAUGCUAUUGUGGAGGAGGGUGAACACAUUGAAGUGAUUUUCAACCCUGCCGUGACAACAGCCGUGCCUUUUGCUGACAGUACCAUUCGCUAUGAUGCUCAAACCGGUCGAAUCUAUUUAGUUGACCCAUUCUCUGAGUGCUGUAUGGAUAUUUCUCUCUUUCCUGGCCAAUGCUCUGAACUGCCACCUGUAGCUAGGCUGAUACAGGAGGAAGUGCAGGAGAGAAGAAGCCCACAAAGCUGGUCCCAAAGUUUAUUUGCCAACACCCGACCCGCUCUCUUUGCUUUCCCAACUGACAGAUUAGGGAGAGACCUUCCCUCCGCUUCUGCCAGGGUUGCUGCUCAGGCUGGGACGCCACUCUUGGCAGUGAGCAGGGCUUUAGUAGUAGUCUCUGCGCUCGCAGUGGCCCCCGGCUUUGGCGCUAUCUUUGCUGGUUUUCAUGCAGCUGCAGGAUUUGACUCUGCGUCAGCUCCCUGGUUCCAACCUGUUGCUAAUGCUCUUGGUCCCCGCGCUGUAAGAGGGGUCCAGGACAUUGCAGCAGGCUGGAAUCCUGGAGACCUUAAUCAAGCUGCCAGAGGUGAGGACCUGGAGGUCCACGCAGCUGCUCCCCCACUGCCGCCUCGUCAACGUCGGGCGCUAAGACCUACAGAAAGAGCAGAGUCUGAGGACAAUGACGAUGAUGAAGACGACAUUUACGUGAGAAUGGACUUUGCCAGACGUGACUAUAAAAAGUGACCACUCUCCGAAAAGAGAGUUAUUACAUUGUCAACAAAACCAAACACAUUUUAGAAGAAAAAUGAUACAGAAUUUAAUCUUCAUCUACUCCAGAUCUGCCUAAAAGAAAGAAAAUUCUGAAGCUUCUGAAAAGAAAGCAAUCUCAAUUUCUACCACUCAACAAUUGGACUGUGACAGCUGAAUGAGCCUCAUGGAGUUCAUUCUUGCUACUGACUCCUCGAUCCAUUGGCUGACUUAAGGAUGUGUACACUGUACAUUGGCUUUGUUUCCUAGUUUCCCUGAUCUGCCUUUUUGAAAAGAAUGAGAUGCUAUAAGUUAGUAUCUCAUAAAAGUAUGAUUUUCCUCU